AUGUGACAUAUUAUACUUUCUAGUUUCUAUACUUUAACUAAGAAAUAUGUAUAUAUUCUACCAUAUUGCUUCAAAUAUAUUUACAAUUUGCUUGUAUAGUGGCACACAAAUUUGUACUUAGUUUGGGAAAACCAGCACAAUUUUUUUUUCCUCCACACUGCAUGUCAAAAAUUAUAGAGAACAUCAGUGCAUGGCUAAACGAAGUAAGAGGAAGGAGUGAGAAAAUUUGGAAGGGGCACACACACACAGGCUACUCAAAGUGGAGUGGGAAGAGGAGAGAGGCAUACUAGCCUUGCCUUACUUGCCUCACAAGACCUCUCUGGAAUUGGUCUCAACUAAAAUCUGGAACUUCCAAUAUGGAACCUAGUGAAAAAUGGUGGAUCGCUUGGCAAACAGUGAAGCAAAUACUAGGCGAAUAAGCAUAGUGGAAAACUGUUUUGGAGCUGCUGGUCAGCCUCUGACCAUUCCUGGCCGUGUCCUCAUUGGUGAAGGGGUAUUAACAAAGCUGUGUAGGAAGAAACCAAAAGCAAGGCAGUUUUUUUUAUUCAAUGAUAUCCUUGUAUAUGGUAACAUUGUUAUCCAGAAAAAGAAAUAUAAUAAGCAACAUAUCAUUCCUCUGGAAAACGUCACUAUUGAGUCUAUCCAAGAUGAAGGGGAUUUGCGGAAUGGAUGGCUUAUCAAGACUCCAACUAAAUCUUUUGCAGUAUAUGCUGCUACUGCCACAGAAAAAUCUGAAUGGAUGAAUCACAUAAAUAAAUGCGUUUCUGAUUUGCUGUCCAAAAGUGGGAAGACGCCCAGUAAUGAGCAUGCAGCUGUCUGGGUGCCCGACUCUGAAGCCACUGUAUGCAUGCGCUGCCAGAAAGCGAAAUUUACCCCUGUGAAUCGUCGACACCACUGUCGGAAGUGUGGAUUUGUUGUAUGUGGACCCUGCUCUGAAAAGAGGUUUCUUAUUCCCAGUCAGUCUUCCAAGCCUGUGCGAAUCUGUGACUUUUGUUAUGAAUUCCUUUCCAUGGGAGAGAUGUCAACAUGCCAGCCCACAAGAUCAGACUCUUACAGUCAGUCUCCAAAGCCUCCUUUAAAUGACAUAUCAGAUGAUGACGACGAUGACGACAGCAGUGACUAAGUAAUGGAAGAUAAUGCUUCAAUAUUACAGUUGGUGUUUGGACUUGAGUUGUUGUAUGAGAAGCCUCUAGUUACAAGUUCUUCUGAGAAAUUUACCGUAGCCAUUAAAUUUGCCUGAAAAACCUUUGAAUCAUAUGUGCCUCAGUAUUUGAAUCUCCUAAAUAUGUCAUUACUCUUUCUGCAGGGAUAGACUAUUGCAAAUAUUUUCCAGCCACGUAUACUUGAUUUUCUCUCUAAGAGUGAAUAGAUCAGCCACUCCUUCCCCUUCUCUGAACAGGAAGAUUAGAAAAUAUAGCACACUAGUUUUUCUUUUCAGUCUGUACUAACCAGCGUCCCAUACUAUGAGUUCUUUUAAUAUUAGAAUGGGGAAAUUAAACCUGCAUGAAGCUGUGGUAGAUUGGUUAGCAGAUUGAAAAGGAUGUCUAACCAAACUUUGAAACUGAUAGUUUAUUUUGAUUCUACUUAAUAUAAAUUCAUUCUGAAAUGUUAGUAACUUUUAAAAAGCAAUGCAGAAUGUCACAUACCAAGCAGUGCCUUGUAAAGACUACACUGUUGCAGGAACAAAAUAACCUUGCAUCCUCUGGCAUGCGAUAAACUAAGAAACAGUUGGUGCUGUUAGGAUUAAUUGCUAUUGUGUAAUGGGACUUCAGUAGCAAGGACUGUGAUUGCAUCCCUAGAAUAGAGGGCUGUCCAGCAAUUCCUUGCACAAAGUCAUUUUCAUUAAGAUGCUAGGUGAAGACACAUUCACUACUAUUGCGCAACAAUUAUUGUGAGGUGAUCACAAGUCUAAUGCUCCCACAAAAUGAAUAAAACAAAUGGGGGCUUUUAAGAAAUUAAACUUUCACAUGGAUUUGGUAUCUAGACUACUUUCAAACGUAUGAUAUUUUUAAAUGUUUAUAAAUAUCGGGUAUGAUUAUUUGAAAUUUUUUGUCUCAGAUCAUGUUAUUUGCUGCAAUGUUUUGAUUUGAUAUUUAAAUCCUUAGCUAAUUCACUAACCUUUUUAAACUUUAGGAAGUGGAUUUAAAAAAUAGACUGUUCUAAAAGCACAAAUUGGGAGAAUGGGCUAGCUAUUCAUUUGAAAAAAAAAAACCCGUAUGUACACAGCUGACCUCAAGAUGUAAACGAAUUGCAGGUGACUUUAUUUUAAAUAUAUAAAUCCAAGACAUGGACAAAUAGUACAAAAAGGUGUUUCCAGUAAAGAAUUUACUUUUUACAAUAUUCUUUCUAUAAUGGUGUCAAUUUUAGGGAAAUGACAACUUAGUUAUGACGUUUUGUAAAAUCCCAAGACAUAUCUCUAUUUUUAUAUAAUAGUAUGUUUAAUUGUUUUAUGUAGAAGUCUCUUCACAGUAUUGUGUGGGAAUUCAGUAGCACCUGAGAGUUUAUAAAUAACAUGUUGAAUACUGUUUGUGCAAAAAUUAUAUUGAGUAAUGUGCUUAAUAAGUCACAGUUUCUGCAGUUUUCUCUUCUGCCUGUUUGACUAUAUUUAUUAAAUAAACGAUCAGAUCUGCAUCUGUGAA